GAAGUCAUGUCUAAUCCAGCUUGUUCCAAUCUCUUCAACAAUGGAUUUGACAAUACAAACUUCAACUAUUCCACUUCUCUCUCUUACAUUUACAACUCUCCAAACAGCUUCUAUUACCCUAGUACCACAAACCCUAAUUACAUGCCUCCUACUACCACUACCACUACCUCCACUUUCCCUAACUCACCACCGCUCCGAGAAGCUCUUCCCCUUCUUAUCUCAAGUCCCAUAAGGCACCAAGAACAACAAGAUCAACCCUUUUUCAUGAACACUGAUCACACUACCUCUUCAAACUUUCACGAUGAUCCUCAUGAUGUAACCGUGGAUCUGCAUCUAGGGUUACCAAACUACGAGGUUGGUGGGAGCUAUAUUGCUCCUGAGACAACAACCACCGAGGAGCAAUAUCAAGAUCAUCACCAAGAAGUGGAGGUCACAGUCGAGUCCCACCUUCAUGAUGAUGAUGAUCCUGGAGAUUUAUACAAAGGUCAUCACUAUUGGAUCCCUACUCCCGCUCAGAUUUUGAUUGGUCCUACACAGUUUUCUUGUCCUCUUUGCUUCAAGACAUUCAACAGAUACAACAACAUGCAGAUGCACAUGUGGGGACACGGUUCACAAUACAGAAAGGGACCAGAGUCACUUAGAGGAACACAACCAACAGGAAUGCUAAGACUACCAUGUUUCUGCUGUGCACCAGGCUGCAAGAACAACAUUGACCACCCACGAGCCAAGCCUCUCAAGGACUUUCGAACCCUCCAAACACAUUACAAACGCAAACACGGAUCCAGACCUUUUGCUUGUCGCAGGUGUGGCAAAGCCUUUGCAGUAAAAGGAGAUUGGAGAACGCAUGAGAAGAAUUGCGGUAAGCUUUGGUAUUGCUCAUGUGGCUCGGAUUUUAAACACAAGAGGUCUCUUAAGGACCACGUCAAGGCUUUUGGGAAUGGUCAUGUUCCUUGUGGGAUUGAUAGCUUUGGGGGAGAUCAUGAGGACUACUACGAGGCUGCUUCUGAUAUCGAGCAACAAGAUGAUUGCAACAACAAUGAGUGA